AUGGAUCAUUAUGAAGAAGAUAGUUUGCGUACCUAUAAAGGUUCUCAUAUAUUUAAAUAUUUUUCAAAAUUUACUGGUUUACCAUUGGAUCAAUUUAAUUUUAUCUUAGCUCAAACAUUAGCACUAAUUAUAGCAAUUUGUUUUCGUCGUUAUUUACCACCUAAACCAGAAAAUGUACUUAAACGUCAUUUAUUAGGAGCACUAAUUGGCAUAGCUAUUGGACAAUUUUGUUUUGGUCAACAAAUAUGGCAUUUAAUUGUUCAAUCAUGUGUUUCAUAUUUGAUGUUGUUUAUGCUGAAACCAAAAUAUUCUUAUUUAGUAGUAUUUGUAUUCUGUAUACUCUAUUUGAGUUUUAUUCAUAUUCAUCGUCUUAUAUUUGAUUACGGAAAUUAUACAUUGGAUAUUAGUGGUCCAUUAAUGAUAAAUACUCAGAAAUUGACUGCUUUAGCAUUCGCAUUCUAUGAUGGACAUCGUUCAACAAAGAGAAAGACACAAGAUAAUAUUGAAGAGACUGUUUUGAACGAUGAUCAAAAACGACACAUGAUAAAAAAUAUUCCUCAUCCAAUUGAAUUUCUUAGUUAUAUAUUCUAUUUUCAUGGUAUUUGUGUUGGACCAUUAUGUUUUUAUAAAGAUUUUAUCGAUUAUAUUGAGGGAAGAAAUAUUCUUAUAUUACCCACCAAUCAAGAUAUAGUUCGAGACGCCAAUUCAGCAUCUUCAACAAAUGAUGAUCAACAACUAACAUCAUCUUAUCGUAGUUUACCCAUUGAACAACGACAACCAUCGACAUUGUGGCCAGUAUCUACAAAAAUAUUACAAGCAUUAUUUUGGGCUUUUAUUUUGAUGAAAUUUUCACCACAUAAUCCAGUUGACUAUAAUAUUAGCAAUAAAAUGGUAAAUUCUCCAUUUUUAAAACGAGUUCAAUACUUGUGGUUUUCAUCAUUUUGUUCAAGAGCCAAAUAUUAUUUUGCUUGGAUAUAUGGUGAAGCUAUUAAUAAUGCAGCUGGUUUAGGUCUAAAUGGUUAUGAUGAGAAAACAAAACAGCCAAAAUGGAAUUUGCUAACAAAUAUUAUUCCUUAUAAACUAGAAUUAGCAACAAGUAUUAAAGUUACUUUUGAUGUAUGGAAUAUGCAAACAGCACUAUGGUUACGUCGUAUAUGUUAUGAUCGAUUAAAAAAAGGUCGCACGUUAUUUGUAUUUAUAUUGAGUGCAUUUUGGCAUGGUUUCUAUCCCGGUUACUAUUUUACAUUUGUUUUGGCUGCACUAGGAACAUAUGCUGGACGUGGUAUACGUAGAGAAAUUCGUCCUUAUUUUCAAAAAGAUCCAGUAACAAAAGUAAUCUAUUCGAUAUUAACAUGGAUUGGUACACACAUUCUCCAAGAGUUUAUAGUGAUACCAUUUGUUUUAUUAGAAGUUCAAAAAUACUGUUUAAAAAUGAAAAAUAAAAAAUUAAAAAAAAUAAAAUUUGAUUUUGAUGUUAAUAGUGAUACUCGAAAUAAACAACAAAAUAAAUUGAUAAAAGUUAAUCUUAAACAGCCAAAAUCAAUUUUAAAUGUUUCAAAUAAAUCUUCAUCAUCAUCAAUUAUCACUAAAAAACAAUAUAAAAAGUCAAAAUUUGAUUUUAUUAAAAAAUUAUAUUUUUCACAUUGGAAAAAGAAAAAGAAGAAAAAAGAAACUAGUAUUAUUAAAACUAAUAAUGAUGGUAAAGAAGAACAAUGUAUUAAACAUUUUCCACCAAAAAUUGAAGAACUUGAAUACGAAUUUAUGGAACGAUUGAAGUUAAUGCAUUAUCAAUGGGAACAGAAUUCGGAUAAAAAUUUUAUUUCUUCUCAUAUGUAUCAAAGAAAACAACAAUUUUUACCUGAUUCACCACAAACAUUCGAUGAAAUAUUAAAACAAAAUAUUGAUGAAUGUCAUUCAUAUCGGGAUAAAUUAACAAAUUUGAGAAAUUUACUCAAAUUAACAAGAAAUAAACAAUUAUUAACAACACAAUCAGCUAUUGCUUUAAAUAAUGAUCAGAGAAAAUUGAUGAAUUAUAUACAUCGAACACUUAGUUCAAAAGAUAUUGAUUCAGUAUAUCAGCCAAUAAUGUUCAACAAUAAUAAACAUCGAAUUCAAUUGUACAAAAAGACAGCAACUGUACAAUUAAAUAGUAGUCAAUCAGAUACAUUUCAAUCAUUGUCUACAACAUCAACACAAUUUCAUCAACUAGUGCAUCGACCAUUACAAUCAUUCUCUCAAAUUGUUGAUAUAGUUACUCAUACGUAUUACGAUCAACAACACGUUGAUAGUCAGUGUAGAAAAUUGAUUUCUUUAAGAUCUGAUAUUAAUACUCAACAAAAUUGUACGAAAUUUGUUCUCCUCACUUCUUCUACAAUUAUUAAUGUUGAUGAGAAAAAUAAUAAUAGUAAUAAAAGUGAAAAUCGUGCAUUAUGUAAUAAUGAUGAAGAAAUGAAAUAUUUAACGAUAAAAUCUAAAUCAUAUUUGACAAAAACUGAUUCAAAAAUGAAAAAACUCUUAUAUUUGAAUGAAAAUUCAUUAGUCAAAGUAAUAUCACAUGAUUCGAAAUAUAAUCAAAAUCCAGCAAUUUUAAAUAUGCAUAGUUGUUAUUCAUUGUCUAAUAAAAGUUUAACAGAUUAUUUAUCGAGUAAUGUCGAUGAAUUAAAAAAUGUUUAUAGUCAAUAUAAACGUCCAUUAGAAAAAUGUUAUUCAACACCGUUACCAAUUGAUGUUCAAAAUGCUUGUUUAAAACGAGAACAACAAAAUUCAAAUUUAAUUCAAAGUGCAAUGAAUAUUAAACGAAAAUAUUCGAUGAAUAAUAAUUUCACAUUACUAAUACCAACAAUUGAAAAGUGUAUGAGUGAAAUUAGCGUUUGUGUAGAAGAAGAGAAAAAUAAUAUUAAUAGUAAUAGUAGUAGCAAUAAUGAUAAACAGAAACCAAUACCAAUGAAAAUAUAUGGAACAACAGAAAAAUUGUUUCAACAUUGGAAUAUGGCAAAAAUGCCUUUAACAAAAAAAUUACCACCAUUAUGGAAUCGUGUAUGGCGUCAACAUUUACAUCGAUCUGGUUCAAAAGAAUUUUUGCUUGAAUAUGAUGAAUCAAUGAAUAAUAAUAAAUAUGUUAUUGAUGAACAAAAAUAUAUUGAACAAGAACGACCUGUUCGUUCAUACAUUGCAUUGGCUAUGCUAGCUUUUUUAUUGAUACCACCAUUUGGUUUUAUUGCACUUAUACUAAGUAUUUGGUCACUCUACGGUCAUCAAGAUCGUCAUUUAUCACGAAAAUUUGGUCGAUUCGAAAUUCAUCGUCAUCCAUCAAAUGAACAGAUCUGUCGUAUUAAAUUAAAUAAUCCAAAACAACGUAAUGUUUUAUCAUUGGAAAUGAUUGAAACUCUAAUUGAAGCUAUUGAAACAAAUUAUAAGCAAUCACGUGUUUUGAUUUUAACAGCUGGUGAUCAAAAAGUUUUCUCAUCCGGUCAUAAUCUCAAAGAAUUAUUAACAUUAGGUAAAACAAAUGAAUGUGAUAAGGUUUUUAAUCGUUGUACACAACUAAUGUUAAAAGUCAAACAAUUGCCUAUACCUGUUAUUGCUGAAGUAUAUGGUUUAGCGGCUGCUGCUGGUUGCCAACUAGUUGCCAGUUGUGAUAUUGUUGUUGCUGGUGAUAAUGCUCAAUUCUCCACUCCUGGUGUUAAACUUGGUUUAUUUUGUAUAACUCCUGCCGUUGCUGUAAGAGAGACAAUAAAAAAUCCAAAAUUAUCAUCAUUGAUGUUAUAUACUGGUGAAAACAUUGAUGCAAAGGAAGCUUAUUUACAUGGACUUGUUAGUCGAGUAGUAGGUGAAAAUGAUUUGGAACGAGAAACGAAUAAAAUUGCUGAACAAAUUUGUCAACAUAGUCGUUCAGUUAUUGGUAUUGGCAAAAAAUAUUUAAUAUUAGAUGACAAUAUGGAAGGUAAUGAUCUAGUCGAAACAUAUCGAUUAGCCACAAAAGGAAUGUUGGAAAAUUUACAAUUAAAAGAUACACAAACAGGUUUGCAAUGUUUUGCUGAUAAAAAACAUCCACAAUGGUCACAUACAGAUGAAAAAGUUUUGUCUUGA